UCUUCCUACUUACCGGUCCAACCCACACAAACCCCCUCCCUUCCCGUGUGUGUGUGUGCGCAUAUAGUUAAUUCACACCUCAAUCGUCCCGAUAAUACAAAAAGAUUAAGAUAAAAAGAAAAAGAAACCAAGAACAACUUAAUCUAUCACGAUGCCUGCCUACGAGCUUCGAUCGGGAGGGGAUGUGAAGAACAAGAAGCAAAGUGUGGCCGAUUUGAAGUAUCGACGAUUGACAGAACUCAAUGCUCGUCUGAAGGAAGACCUGGACCGUCCCCGGGUCAAAGUGUCCGAGGCUGCGAUGUCGCUGAUUAACUACUGCAACAACACUCGCGACUUUAUGGUACCUUCCGUAUGGGGUCAGGUCGACAAACGCGAUGACCCAUACGCUCCUCAGCAGCAGGGAGGCUGUUGCACGGUCAUGUAAUGGAUCCACGCCAUUAACUAAGCUGGACUCGCCACCACGCGGUCCAUUGUACCCUCGAACGCUACGACAUCACCUUCUACUACCUAAUUCUAUUCUUCUCAAUACCUCUUUUUGACCUUUGGAAACGUCGCAUCGCUACUCACUCGCCACGACCAGGAC